GACAGAAAAUGCCAUUGUGCAAUCAAAGGCAAAAAGUUUAAAAUGUUAAGCAAAGAUAUUUCUGCGGCAUUCGUUGUUUAGUAGUAUAGUACACAAGGAAGAUUUUAUAUACCUAUAUAUUUAUAUACUGUCCUCAAAACAAGUUCAAACCCUCGGUUUGAAGAUGAACGUAUCAUAAAGCUCUUUCUUGCGGUGGUGGUGCAUGUAGAUAUUGUUUGGCACAUGGCCUAAAACUAUUUCAGUCAAUACUGCCGAGGAAAUAGCUAGUGGGAGACUUCCAUAAAAUAAGAGCUAUCGUAAACAAACAUCUGACGAGAUUAUUAACGAGAUAAAAUUGAUUGUUAGAACGGGUAUAUCAAGCUUCCAAGUAGUAAGAAGACAAAAUAAUGAAGAAUGGUUAGUUGUUCGUACAAGAUUGAGAUUGAAAUGCACAUUCAUCUUUUAUUUCAUCUGAUUUAUUUAUUUAAUCUGGCAACACAAAUUAUAUUUUCAAGUACAACCUAAUUAAAGUUAAAAUGAAAAGCCGCUGCUUGGCUAUCCUCACGCUCAUUGUGGUAUUGGAGAAUGUGUGUGGACAUGAUGAAAAUUACGUAAGUGACUCCACAGAACAUGAAGUUCCAGGUUAUGUGCCAAAAGAUUAUGUAGACAACAAACCAAGUCAUUAUCAAGAUGUUCCAAGAAGGCCAUAUCCUCCGAACCAACAACAAUAUGACUACGGCUACGAAGAGGAAGGUUGUUUCAGAUACCCAGCAAACUGUAAAGCUGGAUAUAAUUGUGAAUUCGAGGCAUCUUGGGAAAGUGAUAUACUUUCAAACGAUGUCUACUUCAUAAUUUCAGCCAGAUUGCCUAAGGGAUAUUGGGCUGGAAUUGGAUUUUCGGACGAUAGAUCAAUGGUCGGCUCUGAUGGAAUUACGGGGUGGAUAACAUCAGGUGGUGGCCUGGUGUUGCAAGAUCGAUAUUUGGCGGAAAAAUCAAGGUUCAGUGUUCCUGUUGAUAGAUACUCUGAUGUGUCCCCGACAUCGUAUUAUCAUCAAGAUGGUAUGAUGGAAUAUCGAUUUAAAAGAAGAAGAAACACUUACGAUAUUAAAGACAAAAAUCUGGAGAAAUGUGUUUAUUUCUUAUUUGCAUGGGGAGGUGAAGGACUAGUCACAGGAGAAAUCACUGUGCAUAAAAAGCAAUUCGUCAGCAAAAACAUUAUAUGUCUAGGAUCAAUACACGGAGACAUUGGUACCAGCGUCUAUUCGUCUUCGUCAGAGCCAAAGUAUGAAUACCUGAGACGUCCAAUGGAAUAUCACUACGAUCCUUGUAGACGUAAGACGAUUUGCAGAAAGAAUGAACUUUGCAUUCGCAAAGGUCCUCGCGCAACCUGCAAGUGUCCGUAUGGGUACAACAACAAGCCAGAAGGCUGCAUAGAAGAUCCACAUCGAGGAUUUCAUACCAACUACAACUGAUCAAUAACGAAUAAUGAGAAGAUGUUUCAAUUCGACUUUUAACUAAUAUUUGAUAAUGAAUUUUCACAAAGGCCUUUUUCCAUGAGAGGACAAUUCACAUAUUACAUUUGAAUUUCUGCGCUGCAAAACUGUAUAUAUACUGUUUAUUUUCCAUUCUGAAAUAGAAAUUACAUUAUUUACAGAAGUUUCCGAGAUUGUAACAAUUCAAAGCGAUUUGUCCUACAUUUAAUUUCUGUCUUUUUGAUUCAACCCUUGUGCCUCUACGCUUCCGUUGUGGAAUUAUUUCAUAUAGGUUAAUAAUAGCAUUUUAUGUUGCUUACACCUCAUGCCUUCCGUCGAUAUAUACCAACUUGUAUUAAUAUGAUACAUAAAUAAAGCGAAUGAAAAUA